AUGCAUAAUUUAUCUCUGAAAAGUCAAUUCAAGGAGGCUUUCUCGUUGUUCGACAAAGAUGGUGAUGGUACGAUCACUACCAAAGAAUUGGGAACCGUCAUGCGAUCGCUUGGUCAAAAUCCUACUGAAGCUGAAUUGCAGGAUAUGAUCAAUGAAGUCGACGCUGAUGGUAAUGGAACCAUCGAUUUUCCUGAGUUCCUUACUAUGAUGGCGAGAAAAAUGAAGGAUACUGAUAGCGAAGAGGAGAUUCGCGAAGCUUUCCGAUUUCGACUUAAAAUAGCCCAGUAG